CUUAUCAUUAGGGUACACUUUCAACUGCUAUCUAUCACCUUCGUGCAAGCCCGACAAUUCUAUCCAGCUCACCUUCGGCCAACAUGAUUGCGCUUAGAAGUGGAAGUGGAAUUUCACCUCGUCAGGUUUUAUACUAUACAAAUGUCUGCUAAGGGAAAGCUUUAAGCCUGACUGGUGACACACUGUGUGCGCGGAUGAACGAGCCUAAGGAAGCGCACCUUACAUGGAGCCUAAGCGCAUUUUCCUGAAAGGGAACAUUUGGAGCGCCCGCCUGCCUGCUUGGCAGGCUGGCCACGUCUGAACUGUCUGCAUCUCCCGUCCCGCGCUCCCUUCGGGCCUGUGUUUUCCCAGCUAUUGGAGCCCAGCAAUGGGUUGCGGCGGGAGCAAGCAGGGCGUGGUACCAGUCUAUGAUGACCUGCAUGCUCGUGGGAAUGGCUCUGAGCCAACAGCGCAGCGUGCGGACGGCAAAGGCCAUGGUGGCAAGUCGGCCCGCCACCUAGGGGGUUCGCCCAGCAAGCGACAAGUGGACCGCAAGGACAACCAGUCCUUCUUCGACAAGUCUCGAUCGGCGAAAGGAUAUAAUAUAAAUGGCGCAAAAUCGCAAAAGCGUGUUGCUGCAUUCGCAAGCCGGAAACCCGCGCGGCUCGAUGCGCCUCCCGACGCGGACUGCAAGAAACAAGCCAUCCCGGGGGGAAAGAGCCGGUUUGCCAGAAGUAUCAUGGCCGUCACGGACGCCGUAUUUGGACCGCCGCCAGAAUGGAUUUUGCGGCAAACUACCCCAAUCAAGGG